AUGACAUCCCUGGACGAUCGAUACCUUGGUCUCUCGGAGCACGGUCUAGCCGUGCUCGUCGAGAGAUACCUCCCAUGCCAGGUGUCGACGCACAACCUCGACCAAUUCAAGCUAGUGUUCUACGGAACGGAAACGUCGCUAGAGUUGGACGACGAGCUGGACAGGGACAAGCCGGUGCCAUCGGUGAACCGAGUGGAGGAGAUCCCGGACAAUUCGGCGAUCGGCGCGAGGCACAACGCGGUGGAUACCGAGGGCGAUCCAUGGAUGGACAGCCAGCAGGUGGAGCGCGUGUCGCAUCCUGAGGUACAAAGACCAACGACGGAGAACCAGACAAGCGGCUGCAGUUCGGUGGACCCUGGAAAUGGCAGGUGCCUAGAGUGUAACCGGUUAUGGUACCUGCGCGACGGCCAUUGUUUGAGCAAGUGUCCGGCCAAGACCUACGGUGUCCAGGACGAGACAAGAUCAACCUGUGCACCUUGUCACUACAGCUGUCUGACCUGUUCAGGACCGUCGGACACCGAGUGCACCGAUUGCUAUGCGGACUCCGAGCUGUUGAACUUCCCGGACUCCCAAUGCGUCCUGAAGGACCUGGCCUGGACGAUGCAGUCGACCAUCUGGUUCUACAGGAUGUCGAUCCUCUUCGCCAUCAACCUGGCAGUGCUCUUGAUCGUGCCGCCGGUCUACAUAGCCGCGAACUGGUACUUCCGUAAGAGGAACAACUCGCAGAUCUACGGUUACAGCAAGAUCUCCAGCUCCAGCAACGGGGACGCUAACAAGGACACCGACAAACUCCAAGAGAACGCCGGCUUCUCCGACAGCGAGUAAAAGAAACGGACUCGGAAGCGGUUGAUGCGGGCUCCACGACCUAGGAGGAAGCCCUUUUUUGCCGGAGCUUCGGGACGAGGAACGAAUGAAGGAUUUAAAGGGUCUAAAUUAUUUGGAGGAGCUGCUGGGAUUCCGGAUCUUCUGGGACGACGUUCGGUUCGAGUCGAAGAUAAAAGUGGAGCGACGAAUCAGCUUGUGUAAACGGUUUGGAAACUUUGAUGGUAGAAGAUCUCAUUGGAUUUUAUCAAGGAUUUAAGCAGGGACACUCUCUCUCUCUCUCUGUUUGAAGGAGUAAGAGCCGUAGGAGUCCGACGGAGUAAGACGUAGUUUGAAUACUCGGUUAUCCGUACAGAGAGUUUUGAUAUGGUGCUCCCUUAGGGUGAAGAUAGUUUGUAGAACUAAAGUAAUAUUGAAGAAUGAGAGCAAGGUUACCAACUGGUUUGGCGUGGUUUGAAGACUAGUGAAGAAUCAAGAACAUGUGAUUCAUCUUACGUGGCUCAAAACAUGGAUUUAACAUUUAGACACCAGUGAAGGAUAGAUUAGAUGCUUGGUUUAAAUGGAUUCGAAGAUUCGAUUACUAGCGAAUAAUGGAAGUAACGUUGCAUAAUUGUAUUUUUUACGUGGACUAGACAUUAGUUCAAGAUUUAGUAUAGAAUAAAUACAAGAUUAAGCGCUUGGUUUGGCGAGAUUUAAAAGAGUUCGAAGACUCAUUUGCUAGCGCUCAAUGGAAGCAAAAUAUAGAAUUGAUAUUGUUUGAGAACUCGGACGCUACCGAAGAAUAAAUUUCAAAUGGUUUAACGUAAUUGGAUGAUUUAAAUACCAAAAAGAAUCCAUUUGCACACGAUCUUCAAGUAACCAAGGAAUUGAAAAUUCUAAGUUUAUACGUUUCGAAAAAUUGCAGUUUUGAGUGAGUUUUUUAUUUUAGUUUAAGAAUCGAAACUAAUUUAUGUCAACGUAAUGUGGUUUGAAAAGUGCCAGUGAAGUACACCAUCAGAAACGCGCGCCAGCAUUAUUAGUGAUGUUCCGAAAUAAUGACAAACAACGGUUGAAUCGAUUCCACGGUCUAGCAAAUACAUUCCAAACGCGAUCGUAAAUUAGGUUAGUCGUAGCCCGGUGAAUAUUACAAGUGCAUAGAGAACAGUGUGAAUCACUGGGGCGAAACGUGAGGAUUCGGAGUGUCGUGUCUCGCCAAGAUGAAUUUCGAGGUCGUCGACGUGGAAUUCAAUGAGAAACUGAUUCCACGUUCUUCUUGUCUCUCAGCCGGUUAUUUAGCCAAAUUUUUGUAUCGCUUUCAGUAAAAUUAAGAUUAAUCAACUUGGGCCUUUGCGAAUUUAUCAUGUAUUGUUAAAGUUUUAAUUUAUGAUUAACCGAAUUAUAACAGAAUCAGGGACGUUUGUGGCGCGUUCCACUGCGACCCGUUGCAAUACGCUUACUGUGCCUUCGCUAUCGACUGCGUAACAUAUAGUUAGUAUCCGAACGAUGGAAAAAUUACAAUAACACUUCCCUUGCCGAUAAUCAAAAGUAGAUUAAUUCUAAUCACCGUAACCGAUCGUAAACGUUUCCGAUCCGAGUUCCUAGUUGUGUUAAACACAUUUGUAAUUUAUACGCCUACGAAAUAAGUGUGUUAUACUAUUUAUGCGAAGUAGUACUUUAAUGUGUGAAUAACGAUAAUAAGGUGUAGCAACAUUCCAGACAGCCAAAGACGUUUAAAGUUACGAAACUGUAGAUACAUGUAAUUAGAACCAUCCCGACGACAAAUUGUCUCCGUCGAAUUUAAGUUUGGUUCUUCUUCUCAGAGUGAAAAACUGUCUACGAAUUGUAUGUUUGUUAAUUGCCAAGUAUUAAUAAAGUCACAGCUUCAAAAAACUCAA